AUGUGGCCCUCGUCCUUUCUCGUUCCACCAGAGUCUUUCCAGCCUAGUCUAGAGAGUUUCCAGCCAAAACCCCCUGAUCGAAUUCGGCAGGAAGUCCUUUUGAAGCUCCGUUGGAGUAUUCUAGGGUCCUUAGAGAACAUCAGCAUCCAGACCGGCAUUAAUGAAGAUGGCACCGAAGAGUGUCAGCCCUUCCUUGCACAUCCACUAGCUAUGGAAUCACUGGCUAUUCCGCCCGUAAGCCGUCUACAAUUGGACGCAACGGACAUAGCAGAGGCGAAACACUUCCGCCUAGUAUCUAAAGGCUAUGCAUAUGAGAGGCUUGUGAUUGAGAACGAGGAUAGGAGCCCUAUCACGAUCAAGGAUUUUGUCACUCAGGCACACUACUAUCUCAGUCAACACAAAGACGUGCUGGUCCACUAUCGAAAGAACGUGGGAUUCAGCACACUACCACCUCCCGGAGAAGCUGUUGGGCCGGGCUUUGCAGUUUACGAUCCUAUGAAGAAGCAUGACCUUUUUUUUAAGCACGCCUCUAGUAACGCCUAUUCUGAGGAUUGCCGGGUAUCUAUAUCCACCGCUAUGGAAGGGGAAGGAGGAAAGUCGGCUGAGGCUUUUUGGCGUUCCCAGCGCGCUACUGCCACCAGCAUAGCCUCGUAUCGAGCAAGCCUGCAGGGGUGA